UACACUUAUACACGAGUAAAGGCAUAUAGUCACUUGACCCUCAUCAUGAACAAGUGGAUCAUUUCAGCGUUUGUUGUUGCAGUUUGUGUGGGAUAUGCGAGUGCUGAUUGUUCAUUGGCGGACUUGGGAGUAAUUUCCGCGUGCGGAACUGCAUUUGGAACCGCUUUCACUCAAUCGGGCCAAAGCAAGGCUAAAGUUUGUGCUGCGUUCGAGACAUUCAUCACCUGCACCAACAAAGUGAGCAGCGGUUGUAAGAGUGACGCAUCGUUCAAUCAGGCAAUCGACCAAAUAAAGAAUCAAGUGGGAACUUUCGGGUGUUCAUCCUCAGCACCUGGUGUACAGAUGUCGGUUGUUGCAACAGUCAUGUCUCUUCUCGCCGCCUAUGUAUUCAUGAAAUAGACAGAUUUUAAUAAUCAUUGAACAUAAUCACAGACAGAUCGAAGUAAUCAUUGAACAUAAUCAUUCAUUUUUUUUCA